AUGCACACACCUCCCCCAACAUAUGUGAGGUCUCUCCUCAUCAUAUCUCAUGUUAGAAUGUCUCUUACCCAUCAUACCGCGCGUCACUCCCCUAUCAUAUAUCACGUCUCUCCUCUCAUCAUUUAUCAUGUCUCGGUUACAUCAUAUCUUACAUCUCUUCCUCAUCAUAUCUCACGUAGGCGUGCCUCUCCACACAUCAUAUCGCAUGUACCUCCCCCAUCAUAUAUGAGGUCUCCCCACCCCAUUAUAUUUCACGUUGGAAUGUCUCUCCCUCGCACUUCCCAUAUCGCACUUCCCUACCCAAUCAUAUAUCACGUCUCUCCCCAUCAUGCCUCACAUGUAUUUAUCAUCAUAUCUCAUGUUGGCAUGUCACUCCCUCAUCAUAUAUCACGUCUCUACCCAAUCAUAUCUAUAAUCUUUUUCUCCUCAUGUCUUAUAUUGGCGUGUGUUUUUCUUUGCCGUUGUCUUUUCGCUAGCUUUCAUGUUGAUCUCCUCCGUUCUUGUUAA